GGGCGUUUCAGCGCUGCGACACUUUAACCUGCCGCUUUCCCUCCCAGACCUCGUUUCGCAUCCCCAGCCCGUCACGUCUGCUCGCUCACCCACCGUCGAGACUGCUUGCGAUACAUUUCCUUCUCAUUUAACAUAUCUCAAACCGUCGCUGGCCGAUAUCUCUUUCGCUUUGCGCUUCAACUCUUGUUGUUCCAACCUGGCAGGCCCUUCACCGCGCUUUCCCCUCGUGUUUCCACUCCUCGCUGGCCCAUCACGUCACCGACGUCUGACCUCCCCGACGCCAAACACCCGUCUAUAGAGGGACGUGUUGCAGCGCAGCAUGUUUCCCAGCAGCCAGAUGGCCCCACCCCAGGCGCGCUCCGUCGCGCCUGAGACCUUCCUGCUAGACCAUGAUGCCCAACAAAGCCUCCCGCCGGACAGCAUCGUCGCCCUGCAGCAGGUCGACAACCUCAAGUACUUCCUGAUCUCAGCGCCCGUCGACUGGCAACCAGACCAGUACAUCCGCAGAUUCCUGCUGCCCACAGGCGAAUACGUCUCCUGCGUUCUAUGGAACAACCUCUUCCACAUCUCCGGCACCGACAUUGUGCGAUGCCUGUCCUUCAGAUUCCAGGCCUUUGGCCGCCCCGUCAAGAACUCCAAGAAGUUCGAGGAGGGCAUUUUCUCAGAUUUGCGUAACUUGAAGUCCGGCACAGACGCGUCGCUCGAGGAGCCCAAGAGCGCGUUCCUCGACUUCCUGUACAAGAACAACUGCAUCCGCACACAGAAGAAGCAGAAGGUCUUCUACUGGUACAGCGUACCGCACGACCGCCUCUUCCUCGACGCGCUUGAGCGCGACCUGAAGCGCGAGAAGAUGGGACAGGAGGCCACCACCAUGGCCGUCAGCGAGCCUGCGCUGUCCUUCGAAUUCGACUCCUCGCAGUCCCUCUUCGAACAGCUCACCAAAGCGCAGCAGACCAACUCCUCUUCAUUCAACAACAACGUACAACCGUCGUACCAGCACCAGCCGUCGCCUGCGCCCGACAUGAUGUCGCGAGACUCGAUGCCGCCACCGCAGAUGGUCCCGGUUUCUCAGCACAUGGCCCAGCAGCAGCCCAUGCACCACCAGCCAGUGCACCAGCCAGUGCACCAGCCAGUGCACCAGCCCGUACAUCAGCCCGUCCACCAGCCCGUCCACCACCACCAGCAUCAGCACCAGCACGAGGACCCAAUGGCCCAGUACCACCAGCAGAUGUCUAUGCCGCCCUCGAUGCCACCCGCAAUGCAGCCCACCGUCAUGAAGAGCAGAGAGCGCGAAUUCAGCACGUCCCUGCAGUACGACCGCAACGGUAUCCCGCUUUCGCAGGUCCACCAGCGCCACAGCUCGAUGCCCGCUUACAUGGAGUACUCGCCUGCGCCGUCUUUCGUCUCAUCGCACUACGAGGACUACAGCACUCGCGGCAUGUCUUUCGAGCCUCUGACCCCACCGCAGCACCAGAUCGGCCUUGGUGCCGAGCCAGCGUACAUUGCCAACGAGGACACUGGCCUGUACAGCGCCAUUCCCGACCUGCCAGUGCCCAACAACUUCAACCCUUUGAUGAACAUCCCGCCAUCAAACUUGAUGGGCCCUGGCUACCCAGUCUCCAGGCCAUUCCAGCCUGGUAAUGUUUACUCUGUGAUUGAGGGCUCGCCGACCUACAAGCAGCGCAGGAGGCGUUCGUCGCUUUCCGCUGGCAUUACUGCGGCGGUCGCCGCUGCUGGCAAUGCGCACCAGGUUCACCGACAAAGCGACCUGAGACGGUCAAUGUCGGUCAACCCAGUCCCAGAGGCCGAUGAGUCGCAACACAACUCGCCAUCGCCCAACGGCACAAGCUACGCUCAGGCCAUGCCGGAGGCCAAGCCUCUCGUCGACGGCUCGCGUCAAGGCACACCUCUCAACACUGUUGAGGAGAGCCCAGAGCCUCAGCCAGCAAUGCUGCACCACGAGGAUCUGAACAGCAUGGUCAACGGUGAGCUGUUCGAGACACCCCUCCAGCACAGCGCCGUCGCACGCGCGGCCGGGGGGCCUGUCUUCCGUCGCGCGCGUAGUGCUACAAUGAUGGAGAUCGGCCCUUACCCCCAGAAGUCCCACUCAUGCCCUAUCCCCACAUGUGGCAGGCUUUUCAAAAGAUUAGAACAUCUCAAGAGGCACGUGCGUACCCACACCCAAGAACGACCAUACGUCUGCCCGCUGUGCAACAAGGCGUUCUCUCGUUCAGACAACCUUGCCCAACAUCGUCGCACACACGAGCCCCGCCCUGACGGCGAGCUUGUUGAGGACGUCAACGAGGAGGAGCUCGACGGCGAAGACGAGCUCAACCUGGAAGAGGACUCGCCGACAUCUGGCAACGAGUACCUUCACAACGUGCACAACGUGCCCGCUACCUACGCCGACAUUCCGGGGCCUGGCCUCGGCAUGAACGCUGCGAUGGCCACACCUCAACAGCUAAUGGCCAGCCACUACUAGGCAGUCGGUGACUGUCUUAUUGAUGUCUUCUCACGAUACAAGCAUUCGGCGCAAGGCGAACCUCGAUAGAGUGGCUGCGUUUCUUUCUUUCCUUAUUGAUUCCCUAGAUCAGGUCUUUCAUCUUCUGCAUCUUACGAUGUCUGCAUUGCAUCGCGUCGCAUGCAUUUUUUCUGGUAUUGCCGUCACGACACGUACCUUUUUUAUUUUGGAUUGCCUGGCAGUAUACCUUUCUGGUUGCAUAUCCUGUUGGCAUACAAGCGAUUUUCUGCAAAAGCUGUUGGAUGGUAUUGGCGCUGAACGCCGUUACGCGCACCCGUUGGUCGCUGCGUCUUUCUUGUGGAUAGGAUACCAUAGUGAGGGCGCCCGUAGAGGCGCGUGUAUAAUAUUGCAACAAUGCAGAACGCUUAUCCGCGAU